CCUGUUUGCGCUGGGUACUGGGAGAUGCAGGCGGGGAGAUACCAGGUAGAAGGGGCAAAGUCCUCACUUAGGGACUUGAGGGAGUUAAUGUGUAAUAUUCUAGGAUAUAAGCUUGACCACGAGUUAAGACCCUAAGCACAGGCCUCCAGGAGCCGCUGGGAGCUGCCACCAGGAGCUGUCACCAUGAUGGGGGAGCUUGAGGUUAAGAACAUGGACAUGAAGCCGGGGUCAACCCUGAAGAUCACAGGCAGGAUCGCCGAUGGCGCUGAUUCCUUUGUAAUUAACCUGGGCCAGGGGACAGACAAGCUGAACCUGCAUUUCAACCCUCGCUUCAGCGAAUCCACCAUUGUCUGCAACUCACUGGAUGGCAGCAACUGGGGGCAAGAACAAUGGGAAGAUCACCUGUGCUUCAGCCCAGGGUCAGAGGUCAAGUUCACGGUGACCUUUGAGAGUGACAAAUUCAAGGUGAAGCUGCCAGAUGGGCACGAGCUGACCUUUCUCAACAGGCUGGGCCACAGCCACCUGAGCUACCUGAGCGUGAGGGGCGGGUUCAACACAUCCUCUUUCAAGUUAAAAGAAUAAAAGACGGCCGGGCG